GAGCUACUAUAUGUAGAGUAAUUUUACCGCCAUUAGGGUUCUACAGCUCAUCUACGCAUAAAAUCGAGUUGCGUCGUCGACAAUGGCGGAACGUGGCGGUGAGCGUGAUGGAGAACGUGGUGGUGAACGCGGCGGUUUCGGACGUGGAUUUAGCGGUCGCGGUGGUGGAAGAGGAGGUCCGAGAGGUCGUAGUCGCCGUGGAGGUCGUGCUCAAGAGGAGACGAAAUGGAUCCCAGUGACGAAGCUUGGUCGUCUUGUACAGGAAGGUAAAAUCCAGAAGCUGGAGCAGAUCUACCUCCAUUCUCUACCAGUGAAGGAGUACCAAAUCGUGGAUCUGCUCGUCGGUCCAACGCUGAAGGAUGAAGUGAUGAAAAUUAUGCCGGUUCAGAAACAAACCAGAGCCGGUCAGAGGACUAGAUUCAAGGCCUUCGUCGUCGUCGGAGAUAGUAACGGCCACGUCGGAUUGGGAGUGAAGUGUUCCAAGGAAGUGGCGACGGCGAUCAGAGGAGGGAUUAUUCUGGCGAAAUUGUCUGUGAUUCCGAUUAGAAGGGGUUAUUGGGGUAAUAAGAUUGGGAAGCCACAUACGGUCCCGUGCAAGGUUACCGGAAAAUGUGGUUCUGUUACGGUGCGGAUGGUUCCGGCACCAAGAGGUUCUGGUAUCGUGGCGGCUAGGGUUCCUAAGAAGGUUCUACAGUUCGCCGGAAUUGAUGAUGUCUUCACUUCUUCCAGAGGAUCGACCAAAACGUUGGGAAACUUCGUCAAGGCUACGUUCGAUUGUCUUCAGAAGACUUACGGGUUCCUUACACCGGAAUUUUGGAAAGAGACAAGAUUUGUAAAAUCACCAUACCAAGAGUACACUGAUCUCUUGGCUAAGCCUCUCAGCAGCAAGCAAAUCACCGAAGUUGAAGACCAACAAGCCUAGAGUAUAUUCUCAAGCCGAGUCAGCUUUUUGUUCGAAAUGUGCUUCUCUGUCUUUGAAAUAGUGUUUUUAAAAGUUGUGUUUGUUUGAAGUUUUCAAUGCAAUCAUACGAAUUUUCUAAAUUUUGGGAGUUGCACAAAUACGCUGCGUGAGACAAAAUGACUAAGAAAUAAGAAGAUUUACAUAAGCAAAA